CAGGUGCAUUUUGCCGAUAUCAUUUGCGGUUCCAAGGUUUGCAUUAAGUUUAGGUUAAAAAUCUACCACUGCUGGAGCUGGUGACUGAAUGGGCAACCAAUGUAUUUCAUACUAUUUGGGCUUGAACGUUCAUUGCAUUAAGAAUUUUAAUUGUUCUCAAUUCACUAUCAUUCUCACAUGAUAUGACUCAGUUUUGUGAAUUAAAAUUGUGCAAACAUGGUUUAAACGCGUUUCUUAAAGUUAGAUGGAAUUUGGAAAUAGUUUAUUUUAAAUAAAAACGGUGAAAUUGUAUGGCCAUUCAUGUCAGUACAGAUGAGUUACUAAAUGAACAAGUGAAGUUGUUAUUCAACGAAUAAUGGUAACUUUUAAUUAAACGUCAGGUGAAAGUUUACGUUAUAGUUGAAGUUGACAAUACAUAUAACAUGGAAUCUCAAAUUCGACGAAAAAUUUGAUUUUCAAUUUAAAGCACUCACUUUAAAAUAAAAUAAUUAUAUAUAUUAUUGAGUGUCAAGUUUAACAAGAUGAAGACCGAAUCCAAAAACGAAACUUCUUUGUCAAACGCAAACGGACGCACCGACGAAUCAUUGGAAUCGAACACCGAAAACGAGGAGAUGGAGCCUGCUUCGACUGCGUGCCCCAGCUCUCAGCUGAUGCUCGGCUUGCUCGACGAGUUCACUCAAAUUUAUAAGGACAAGCUCGAGCGGCUCGAGAAUUCUUCUCUCAAGAUGGAGGAAAAAAAUUAUUUACAAACGAAGGUGUCGCUGCUGGAGAGGUGGCUGGGGGAGUUGGGGGAGCAGAACGCCGUGCUGGUUAGGACGCUGGGGGAGUUGGAGGGGGAGGCCGCCACGAGGGUAUCUAUCCUCCAGGACUCCCUUAGGACGCUGCAGCCAUCCUGCCACAGCACUGCUGAGGCCCUCACUCUGCAGCGCCAGCAGGUGCUGGAGGCGCUGGCAGGCAGGGAGGCAGCUGAGGGGCGCGUGUUGCAGCUGACAGAGCAGCUGCAGCUCUGCCAGACAUACAACUGCAACCUACGUGCAGACGUGGACACGUUGUUGCACGUGGUGUCCCGCGCUAGCCGGGACGGGGACUGGCGUCUCGACGACAUCGCUCUCCUCAGCGUGUCUCCUGAGCAGCUGCUCGCUGCCGGCGUCCCGGUUUCUGGGAGUACGACCCCCAGCUGCGGAUUGAAGGGGUCUAUGUCCCCCAGCGUCGCCCCUUGCACCGACCCCUUCCCUAGACUGGCAGGAGCUUCCGAGACGCGCUCCUCUCUUUCUGACGUCCAGACUGAUGCAGCUGACGACAGCAGACGCUGCAGCGCUGACCAGGCCGAGCUUCAGCUCUCUGUCAACAUCGACGCCCUGGCAGCGCGACUCGCUGACGCUGAACGCGAGUGCGAGGCAGCGCGAGCUGAAGCGAGCAGACUGCGCGGCGAGUGUGAGGCAGCACGAGCUGAAGCGAGCAGACUGCGCGGCGAGUGCGAGACAGCGCGAGCUGAAGCGAGCAGACUGCGAGGCGAGUGCGCGGUGUUGCGGGAGCGGGCGAGCGAGACCGAGCUGAGCCACGAGACUUGCGACGCGGCAGUUCAGAGACUGCACAGGGAGCUGCACGAGGCGCUGCGCAUCUCCCGGGAGCUGCAGGAGCAGAUCACCAGCAGGAGCGCCACGCCCCUACAAGACGCGGAAGCCGUGUCGGAGAAGAGUAUACUGGUCCGGGAGCUGCAGGGACACCUGGCGACCGCGCGACACGAGUGCGCUCUCCGGGACGCUACUGUCACCAAGCUGGAGCGCCAGCUGGUGUCGGUGAGGGCCCAGCUGUGCGAGCGCCAGGAGCGCAGCGAGUACCUGGAGCAACAGCUGGUGCAGCUCCAGCAGCAGCUGGCUCGUGCUCACUCCCACGCCCAGCAGCUGGCUCAACAGGUAGUUAUGGAUGCUAUUAUGGUGGUGGUUCAGCUUAACAGGUGGUUCAGCUUAGCAGGUGGUUCAACUUAGCAGGUGGUUCAACUUAGUAGGUGGUUCAACUUAGCAGGUGGUUCAACUUAGCAGGUGGUUCAACUUAGCAGGUGGUUCAACUUAGCAGGUGGUUCAGCU